CUCAUUUCUGGUUCAUUUCUUGAGCUCUCUUCACUUUACCGUUUCUCUAAAAGAAGAAGAUGUCGACUGUGGAAAAAGUUGUCGGAGAGCUCCUCUCAGCAUUCCUUCAGGGGAUCUACGAUAGGUCGGUCACCUCUGAGUUCAAGGACUUCCUUCGCCGGUGGAAGAAGAUCAAAUUUGAAGUGGAAGUGAAUUUUUUAGUAUCAAGAAUACUAGAUCCAAAGUCCGCCAUGAUGUUGGAUGAAGCUCAUGCCAGCGUUCCUAAUUCGGGCCAAUAUUGGAAGAUCGCCUUGGAUGAACUGGAAUCACUGAAGCAGACGUCAAAAAUGAUUCAGUUCUUAUCUGAUGAAGCUGAAGUGAAGCAAUUCACCAGCGUUGCUGUGAAAGUGUGGCUUGACCAUCUCAAGCAACUCCUUUAUGAUGCGGACGACAUACUGGAUGAUUAUGCAACUGAACUUGUACGCCUGAAAUUCGAAUCUGCUCAUCCAACCCAACUGGUACGCAACUCUGUUCCUCUCACUCCAUCAAGUACUGAAAGUAGUGUUUCAUAUUUUUUGAAGUUUGGUAUAGAAUCUGCUGUUAAGGGCAUCAAUGAAAGGUUUGAAGGGAUAAAAGGCAUCGAGGAUAAGUUUUACAACUUCGCCGAAGAGCUGCAGGGAAUUAAGAGUUUUGGGUCAAGAGUAAGGGGUAUCAACCAGAGGUUAAAAAAUGUAGCGAGAGAAGGAGUUGCUACAGGUUUGAACUUGAGCAAGGGAUCUGGGUCCUCAAGGCCUAGGGUAGUGAGUCAAAGGCCACCGACGAGUUCUUUGGUGGAUAACUCUAAUGUUUUUGGCAGAGAGGAUAAUAUGUGCAAGAUUGUCGAUUGGUUGCUAUCAGACGAAACUUCAAGUCUCAAUAACAAUGGUAAUAAUUUCUCUGUGCUGCCCAUAGUCGGCAUGGGUGGAUCGGGAAAGACGACCCUUGCUCAACUUGUUUAUAACUGUGACAGAGUUAAGAAUUCGAAGUAUUUUGAUCUGAGAGUUUGGGUCUGUGUAUCUGAAGACUUUGAUGUGGUGAGGUUGA